UGCCCUCUCUGCAUCCAUUUCAACCUGGUGAUCCUGAAAGGGAGAUCCUUCCAUCUGUGGUCCCUUCUCAAGGUUUCUCAUUUUCCCCCGGUAUCCGGGAAUGGCCACCGAUCACGUCAACGGGAACGGGACGGAGGAACCAAUGGACACGACGACGGCCGCCGCCUCCCGCUCGGAACACUUCCAGGCCUUACUGGAUGCCGACUUGCCUCAGAAAGUGGCUGAGAAGUUGGACGAGCUCUACAUCGCAGGUCUGGUGGCACACAGCGACCUGGACGAAAGAGCCAUCGAAGCUCUGAAGGAGUUCAACGAGGAGGGAGCCCUGCAGGUCCUGCUCCAGUUUAAAGAGAGCGACCUGUCUCACGUUCAGAACAAAAGUGCCUAUCUGUGCGGAGUGAUGAAGACGUACAGGCAGCGUGAGAAGCAAGGGGCCAAGGUCGCCGAUGCCACCAAAGGACCCGAUGAGGCCAAAAUCAAAGAGCUCUUGGCCAGAACCCACUACACUCUGGAUGUAACAACGGGCCAGCGAAAGUAUGGCGGACCGCCGCCCGAGUCGGUGUACACGGGGCUUCAACCCACCGUGGGAACAGAGAUAUUUGUGGGCAAGAUCCCCCGCGACCUGUUUGAAGAUGAGCUGGUUCCUCACUUUGAGGAGGCGGGGCCUAUUUGGGACCUCCGCCUCAUGAUGGACCCUCUGAGCGGCUUGAACAGAGGAUACGCCUUUGUCACCUUCUGCACCAAGGAGGCUGCGCAGGAGGCCGUCAGGCUGUGCAACAAUUGCGAGAUCCGACCGGGCAAGCACAUCGGCGUGUGUAUAUCGGUGGCCAACAACCGUCUGUUCGUGGGCUCCAUCCCCAAAAGCAAAACCAAGGAGCAAAUCGAGGAGGAGUUCUCCAAGGUCACAGAGGGCCUCAGUGACGUCAUCCUCUACCAUCAGCCUGACGACAAGAAAAAGAACAGAGGCUUCUGCUUCCUGGAGUACGAAGACCACAAAACAGCUGCUCAGGCGCGACGGCGCCUGAUGAGCGGCAAGGUAAAGGUUUGGAACAACGUGGUGACGGUGGAGUGGGCCGACCCCAUCGAGGACCCGGACCCCGAGGUCAUGGCCAAGGUCAAAGUGUUGUUUGUGCGCAAUCUGGCCAACAGCGUCACCGAAGAGAUCCUGGAAAGCAGCUUCAGUCAGUUUGGGAAAGUGGAUCGAGUGAAGAAGCUCAAAGAUUACGCUUUUGUUCACUUUGAAGAGCGCGACGGCGCCGUCAAGGCGCUGGCUGAAAUGAAUGGCAAGGAGCUGGAAGGAGAGCCUGUGGAGAUAGUCUUCGCCAAGCCACCGGAUCAGAAAAGGAAAGAACGCAAAGCUCAGCGACAGGCGGCCAAGACACAAAUGUAUGACGACUAUUACUAUUAUUCCCCCCCGCAUCACAUGGCGCCUCCCGGUAGAGGGAGGGGCAGAGGCGGCGGCAGACGGGGUGUUGCCAGCUACUCGUACACGCCCGACUACUACGGCUCUGAGGACUACUACGACUACUACGGCUACGACUACCACAAGUACCACGGCGGCUAUGACGACCCCUACUACGGCUACGAUGAGUUCCAGGCAACUGCUCGCGGCCGCGGCGGUAGCAGGGGUGCCAGGGGCGGAGCCUCUCCAGGUCGAGGGCGCGGCGGCGAAGCCGGCCCUUCCCGAGGCCGAGGCAGCUUCUCUCAGCGCGGCGGGGCGGGACCCGGACCGGCGCACGGAGGGCGCGGCGCCAGAGGUUCCGCGCAGCCGCGAGGGCGAGGAGCGGUACGUGGUACGCGGGGCGUCCGCGGUGCGAAUGUAGGAGGAGCGAAACGCAAAGCCGACGGGUACAACCAACCCGAUUCCAAGCGGCGCCAGACCAAUAGUCACAACUGGGGCUCCCAACCCAUCGCUCAGCAACCGCUCCAAGGCGACGACCACUCGAGCUAUUCCGCCUACCAAUCUGACAACCAGGAAUUUUAUCAAGAUUCUUUCGGGCAGCAGUGGAAGUAGACUUCACUUAGGCUUUUCUUUGGCUUUUUUCUCCUCCUUAGAGACUCGAUCGAUCCCAUUGGCUCCAAAUUGAUGACGUCUGGCAAGAGAUCUUUUUGUACAUAUUUUAAUAUUCCACAGUAGUCACACUCGGUUUGGUGGGGUUUUUUUCCCCUUCCUUUUUAAAUGCUUCCUUUUAGCUUCUAGCCUUUGUCUGUUUUUACAGCCUCUGCUUGCCAUGUUUAACUGAAAACACAAUUUGUACUGUCACAAAGUAAUGCUUGUUAUUGGAGAGGAAGACUCCGCCGUCACUUUUGGCUUGUAUUCUUUGCUGUUGUCUGCUUUAAUAAACGUGCACACACACGUGCGCAAAACCAA